UUUCUUCUUCACCUCCCUUCUACAUCUUUUCUCUUCCAUAAACUCUCUCUCUCUCUCUUCAACAUUGCAUAUCACUCCUUCACUUUCACUCGUCAAUGGCGACUUUCGCUUCUUCUUCGUCUUCGUUUUCUUCUGGUUAUGCGGAGAAUUCAACGACGAUCAUAUCUUCGUCUUCAUCGCAAUCGCCGCCUCCUUCCGACGACAACUUCGAAGAAGACUCUUGCAGUAUCUGUCUGGAGCCUUUCAACUCCGAUGAUCCCGCCACUAUUACUAGCUGCAAACACGAGUAUCAUCUUCACUGCAUUCUUGAAUGGUCGCAAAGAAGCAAAGAGUGCCCAAUAUGUUGGCAGUUACUUGCCUUGAAGGAUCCUGCUAGCCAAGAGCUUCUAGCUGCUGUGGAAAAGGAAAGGCGCUCAAGGUCAAGGAACACGUCUUCCAUAGCAAACUCAACCGUCCACUAUUUCCCAGAGGAUGAGGACUCUGACCAUGACUCCUUCUCUGAUGAAUUUGUUUUUGACGAGCGUAUUAUGCGGCAUCUAGCUGCAGCCACGAGCAGAGCUCGCCUUCGUGGAAGGGAGAGGCAUAGAUCUUCUGGACUGGGCCCUUCCCAAGUCUUUAUUUAUGCUUCCCCUGCUAACAGCGAGGAUCAAGCACAUGAAACAUCUUCACAUGAAUGUCAAAACUUAAAUCAUGAAUCAUCUGUGGGUAAUUCACCCACUUCUGGCAUGCCACCUGCUGUUAAUGCUCAACCUUCGCCACCUGCGGACCCCAGCUCUGCUAUGGAUGGUGCUGUUGUUUUGAAACCCAGAGUUCUGUACAGUCAGCCACCUUCUGUUCGUCCAGAGAGACCAACCCCAUCUGAGACGUCCACUUUCUCUGAUUCAAUCAAAUCUAAGUGGUCUGCUGCUUCAGCCAGAUACAAGGAAUCAAUCUCAAAAGGCACCAGAGGGUUGAAGGAGAAGCUACUUGCUCGUAAUAACUCCGUCAAAGAGCUAAGCCAAGGAGUUCAGCGCGAGAUGAGCGCAGGAAUUGCUGGUGUGGCACGAAUGAUAGAGCGCUUUGAUCUUAGCUCGAAAAGAGCCGGUGUCUCUCCUCCAGAUUCGAGCCACAAUGGGGUAGGUUCAAUUUCAAACCUCUCUACAAAGGGAAAAGGCGUGCUGGAGAAUAUCAUUGUUCAAUCUCUGAGUAAAAAUAGCAGAAAGGUUGCAGACGAUGUAAAUUCAGAUGCCACCUCCCACCCCUCUAUUGUUAUCCCAGGCAGAGUGGAAGUCUCUCGAUCUAAAGAGUGAGCAAUGUAUGCUAUCAAGUUUGGAAUUGGGCUGUCAAAUAAGGUCACAGCAGAAGGCAAGUACGAUGCAAGUGAUGUAAUGUGAAGAGGCCAAUCCGCUGGUUGGUUUGCGUCCUGCAUUGCAUACGCCUGUACAUGCGUUUGACUAGCCAUUAUUUCCUCUUUUCUGUAUGAUUGUGAAUGAUUUAUGAGAGUGGAUUCGGGUAGAGUUCUUUUGGAA